UUAUACAAGGCCCCCACGAUGCAGUGAGAUUCCUCCAACUAGGUUAUGCACUCUUGGAAGUGGCGCUCUGGAUCGAAACCAGCUCGCCUUUCAUCUGCCGUGUUCUAAAAACAGACCUUGUCUCGCUGGUCCGGUACUGCUGCAAGAGAUAAUCGCUUCAUGGAUUAGAGCUCGUUGCGAGAUCGCUCUGGACUGCUGAGAGAACCAUGCGGUGUAAUAAUCGAGUUCUGCGCGGAGACAAGAUACUGGAAGGCCUUAGCAAAAAUCGCUGACCUAUAGCGUAAGAUAUGGACUUUGAACCAUGAAAGUAUAUCAUCGUGUAUCGUAAACACCAUUGCCUACGAAUUCCAAUUCCAUAGCCUUUACUUGUACUUGAGUUUGAUACGCUUGUGCACAAUGACUACUCAACGAAACAAAUACGUUCUCAUCACCGGGUGCGGCGAGGGCGGUAUUGGUCACGCUCUCGCGAAGCACUUUGUCAAAAAUGGCUGCGUCGUCAUUGCGACACUUCUCCCCCAGGAGGGAAGAAAGCACUUGGACCAUCCCCAGAUCCAUGUAGUAGAUCUCAAUGUCACCAACGAGGAGGAGAUGCUGCCGUUCAAGAAGCAAGUCGAGAGCAUUACAGACGGCAACCUCGAUGUCCUGGUCAACAACGCCGGCAUAUGUUACACCAUGACGGCGGCCGAUACAGAUGUGCGGCAGGUGGAAAGGAUGUUCGCAGUGAACGUGUUUGGACCAAUGCGCAUGGUUCAUCACUUUCACAAGAUGAUCGUCCAUGCCCGAGGCGCCAUUGUCAACAUCGGGUCAAUCGGCGGCGUGUGCCCGUAUAUCUUCGGGGCCUCGUACAAUGCAACUAAGGCCGCGCUGCAUCACUACGGCAACACGUUGCGCGUUGAGAUGAAGCCUUUCGGUGUACGGGUAGUAAACAUCAUUUCAGGAGAGGUUUCUACGAACAUUCUCAAGAGUGAUGUGCGUGACAGUCGUGCGUUGCCAGAUAAUUCGAUCUAUGCUCCCAUAGCAGACAUUUUCAAAGCUCAUGUCAAUAGAACGCCCAAUACCAUGACUCCGGAUGAGUACGCCAGGGGAGUCGUGGCCACGGUCCUGACGCCGUCACCACCUGCGUGGUUCUGGCACGGGAACUCAACACUGCUGGUGAGGAUGCUGGAUACGUUUCUCCCCCGCACAACCUUCGAUUGGCUCUUCUACAGGUGGUUUAACCUGAAGACACUCGAAGGUAGCUUUAAGGAAGGCUGAGGAGAUUAAGCUUUGAGCCGACCAAUAUAGGUAGUGUUUUCGUAAAAGAUGAUGGCCAAUCAUAAGGUAUCAGAUAACUAAACCCCACCUAAUCGUGUUGAUCUACACUUGGAUUUUAUGUUCCCGUUGAAGGAGCAAAAGGAGGGCACAUAUGCCUAACCUGUAUGUAUUGUAGCUAACUCUGGUC